AUGUCAGGUGGUCAUCUUGUGGUGUUGGACCGCAUGGGGCGUGAUGUAAAGCGCUUCCCACUAGCGGAAGGUGUUGUUACACUCGGCAGUGACCAUUCUUGUGACAUUCGCUUUAUGUUGGACUCGGUCGACCCACACCAUGCCACUGUUGCUGUACAUGCCAACCAAACCGUGGUUCGCAACGUGUGUGGCGGCUCGACGCUAGUGAACGGGCGGCCCGUGAGCGUGGCGGCGCUGCGCCACGGGGACGUGAUCACUAUCGGUGGGCGGGAGCUGCGCUGGGACUAUACUCGCCCUGACGCUCGCCGGAUCCAGGCGCCACAGCCCGCUCUGUACGUGUCCCGGCGCAAGCCCCGCUCGGCCCGGCGCGGCUCGGGCCCCGCCCCGGCGGCCCGGCGGGACCCUGCGCUGCAGGUCGCGCUGGAGAUGACACAUCGCGCCUCUAUGCCUGCUAACGUCGGUGGCAAGCAGGUAGCCAUCGUUCAACCGCAACGGAGAGACACGAACGAGGAAAUCGCGGUGGCGUCUCCGCGGGGCCCCAGGGCGCGGUCGCGCGCGGGCGGCGGUGGGGCGGCCCCCGCGGCCCCCGUGGCCCCGCCGUGGGGCGAGUCGCGCGCGGCGCCGCCGCAGCUGCGCACCGUGGUGCUGCGCCGGGCGCACGGCGCGCGCAGGCCGCCCGUCACCAAGAUACAGGCGCCCACAGCCAUCGAUCAUACGAAACAAGCCGCGAUACUGUUGAUGACCGGCCACACGCCCAAGUCGAAGUUUCUGGGUCAGAAAACUCCAAGUCCAAACUUGACGAGCACCGCGUCAUCGGUCACCCCGACCGCUUCCCGUAAGUCGGCGGAUCCCAGGACCACCACACCGAAGGCUGCGAGUCCGAAGGCGACCACAUCGAAGGCGGCGAGUCCCAAGGUUGUCGCUCGCCGCUCGGUGUCGUUCGUCGUGAAGAAGAAGAGCCCCGUGCGCAGGAGCACUCGCGCUCCGCUCAACCAUACGGUCACGGUACUAGACACAACAGAUCGCAAUUCUACGCAUCGCUACUCAUCGCGUCGGUCCGGUCACCGAAGCUUUGAGAAAUCCCCCUUGCUGCCUAGCCCGAAGAAAUCUGCGCUAAAAAAUCCUCUAGCAAAGAAAAGCAUGAGGAAAACGGAAUCAAUUAAGUUCGAUUUGAGCAACCUGGAGGGUCAUUCACAAGAGUCCGACGUCCUCACGGUGUCGGACACGUCGCGCCGCUCGGAAGGCGAGAGCACCUCCGAGGACGAGCUGACGUUGCACUACUCCGAGACGUCGAGUACGCACUCGCCGUCCCCCAGGCGCUCCAUCCACUCGCGAAGCGGCAGGAUCCUGGAGAAGACCCUCGGCACCACCAUGACUAUAUCGCCGCCGUCCAAAACCUUGGCAUCCGAGUCCCUGCGUUCCAGAACGUCGCUGCGCGGCAGUGCGAUAGUACAGCGGGCUUUGAACAAGUCGGGGUCCCCGCGCUCGCCGAAGAACGAUCUCGAGUCCUACUCCAUCGUGGACUUGGUCUCCGCGGACUCCACCGCGUCCGGCCGCUCUACCUCGAUGUACGACUCCGCCACUUCCGCCACUCUCGGUAGCGGCUCGCCUACGGGCACACUCGGUGAUCGCUCUUCUCGAAAAACUAAAUCGAUUAUCGACUCCACGCUACUAGGUUCGAGCACGCCCUACGCCAAAGUUACGAAGUCUUCGUCUUCAAGGUUACACACCAGUGCCAGGGUCUCCACUAGACUUUCAGACGAUAGCAACCGAUCGGCCGGUACCGGCUCGGGAUUAUAUGAUUCUACUCGAGAAUCGAGUAAAUCUCGAUUAUCGAAUAGAUCCCGGUUGUUGAACGGUGAACCUCGGCAGUCGAGUGCCAGAUCUCGAUUGUCCAAUGAUCGGUCUCGAGUAUCGAGUAACGGCUCCAAAUUUACUAGAUUGUCGAGCGACAGUUCCAAAUUUUCAAACGACGGGACUAGAUUGUCAAGUAAUAGUUCUAAAUUGUUGAAUGAUGAAACUCGGUACAGCUCGGUAUUGUCGAAUAAAACUUCCUCGCGGAAAUCAAAGUCGUUCACGACCCCAGAGAACGCUAGUAUUCCUAUAUCGCUGAACAGUACGAGAAUAUCGCGCGCUACGCGCAGCCGAUCUCGAAUCAAUGAUAGUGAUCUGUUUUUGGUAGAAGCGGAAGAAUCCGGCGACUCGCCCAAGUCCUCGAAGAGAAUAAGUACAAAAACAUUGAGUUCGGCGUUUCAAAGUACCAGUGCUUCUGUAAAUGCCACCCCAAGUGCUUGUCGCCGACUUGGCGAAGGAAUCAGUACCCCAGAGAACUCGCAAAGUCCCGAAGAAGCAACUACUCCUGUUCUUAGCAUACAAAGUUUUCUAGAGUCCAGUCAUGGGUCGAUACUACCUCAGUCGGCUAAGAAGAGAGGUCGGUCGUCGCUUAGGAGGAACACUUUCGCUGUUUUAACUGGACCCAAGACUAGAAUAAGUACUAAGUCCAAGUCGAUGAAUUUUAGUCCGCGCAACGCUCCGUCGAGAUUAAGCAACGACUCGUACGAGAACAUGAAUAUCAGUGAACAGCAAGUCGGCGAGGUGGUCACACCGAAAAGUGCCGUCAAACUAGUUCAGGAAGCUGUCAAAAAUAAACACUCUACUGCAAAGAAACCGCUGUCCAAACGCUCAAUAAUCGAUGACUUGAACGAGUCCGAUAUAGUCAAGCAACUAUUCAAUAGUCCGGUGAAGCGUAAGCUAUCCCAAAGCAUGACAGAAUUUUCUCGAAAGCAGUUAUUCGACGACGAUGACAUCGCGCAAGCCAGAAGACCCACUCGCAAUACCGUAGUGCUAGGAAUGCUGGGCCGUAGCCCCGAUGAUUCACUGCUAGACCGAACCGAGGCGUUCACACCUGAGCAGUUCGUGAGCCCGAUGAGCACUCCUAGUCACAGUCCGAACUUGGCCGGCAUCAAACGUCUGUUCGGCAAAAGUACACCGGAAAAUGAUCUGCGGGACAUCAGGGGCGUCAAGGCGUUACUGCGCACGCCCCGAGCACGGAAACCCAUUAGAGACGACCUUACCGACGUGGCGGGGCUCAAGGCCAUGUUCGCGCGCAGCCCUCGCAACCGCCUCAGCGACUUCAGAGUUAAGGAAGUAUUUGUGGCCUCGCCCGACAACGAUCUGAGACGAGUGUCCGGGGUUAAGUCUCUGUUCCGAUCUCAAAAGAAAAGAAAGUCGCAUAGAAACACUUUGAGUGACGUCAGGGGUGUCAAGAAGUUGUUCAAUAGGAGCCCCGAGGACGACUUGAGGAACGUUGCGGGGGUGAAAAGAGUUUUCCAGUCGAGUCCUAAAAACGAUUUAAGCGACGUCAGAGGCGUGAAACGUCUGUUCAGACGAGAUAAAUUCCGAAACGAGUUGAGCGAUAUGAGCGGAGUCGAAGAGUUGUUUAAUGAGUCCGAUCGGUCUCACAGAGACGCCGAAAGUCUGUUCGAUCGGCUCGUCGGUAAACCGACCGUAAAAGCGGUAUACUCGAAAUCUUUCCAAUCGAGACCGAAGCCCACGCGAAAGAAUUCCCCAAAAUCUAAAUCUUUACUCGAUAUCACUCUCAAUCCCGAAAAAUGGUUGGAAGGAAAGUUGAAGACGUUACUGAAGAACAGGAGGGAGAAGGCUCGCAAGGAAGCCGCGAGCGCUUCCGAGGCUGCGAACAAGUCUAAACCGAACGUGACGCGCGAUUCACUAACUUCGGCCACGCCCCAAGGGGAAAGCGGCUUCCCCCUCCGCCCGUCCAAGAUGCGCCACGGCAGCGCGGCCAGGGCUAGCCACGAAGACGCUUCUAAGCAAAGGUCUGCCACCGAGCUGUACAGCGCCCGUAAGCUCCCCAUCAAGAAGAGAUCUCUGGUCGACGCGUCGUCGGAGCUCGCGAAGAACGAGAGCGAGCCGCUGAACUUGCCCAUCAAGAAGCGCGCCGUGGUGCACUCCACGCCCGUGAAGGGGAGGCAGCUCAACCUCACGCUGGGCGCCGCCGACCUGGGCCGCGUGUCGCCCAUCGUCAUGGACCCCGCUCCACUGGACCGACACUCGCCCAGGUAUACCAUGCAAGACAGAACUACAGAAGCGAGACCAAAAAGUCGAAGAGGGACUAGGGCUAAGCCCUCCGCAACAUCGCCGGCGGUGAAAUAUCCGUCGCCUAAAAAAACUCGCGCGAAGUCCAGGGUUCACACUCCCACCAAAACUCAACCGGCCAGUAUUUCUACCAAAAAUAAAUCUCCCACUGAACCAAAAACCCAAAACCCUCCUCAAAAAUUAGUAAGCUCCACGACUAAAAAAGCCAGUCCCAAACCUGUUAGUCCAAAAUCGACUCGCUCCCGUAGAUUGGCGCCUGUGAGCCCAAAGGUCGUUAGUAACAUUAAAAAACGUGGAGCCAAAUUAGUUGUCUCUAAAAAAUCACCAGUCAUGAGCCCACGGCCCAGGGCUUCACGAAAACGAAAAGAUCCGGACUCACCGACACCGAAAGUCAGUCCUAAAAGAAUUCGCGGCACUCGCAAUAAAGAUGAGAAAGUCGCCGAGAAAACUAAAACACCAAAGAUCCGAACAGCAAAAGUACAAAAAUUAGCAUUCGUUGUUAGUAAAUCAUCACCACAAUUAAAACCUAGAGCGACGAGAGGGAAAGUGAACAGAAGUGAAGCAGAACCGCCAAAAGAGGAACCUAAAGCUAAGCUAAGAGUUACUCGUAAAGCAGAUGUUAAAAGUAGAAAGAUUGAAUCUCCUAAGAAAUCUCCGGUCAAAAGUAAAUCUCAAAAGGAAGUGGUUGUUGAAAUGUUACCCAACACGAGAGGAAAAAGAAAGACGACAGUUGAAAAUAACAAAUCCAAACGGAGUGUUGCGGAGGUUGAAAAGGCUCAACCACAAACAAGAAGAGGUCGUGCUGCUGUAGCAGAGGAAGCUAUUGUUUCUAAAAAAGCACGAAAGACAGUCAAACAUGAAUCGCCAAUCAAAAAGCAAGAAAUACCUGCUGCUGAAACGAAGGUAACUCGCGGUAAGAAACUUGUACAACAAGAAAGUGUUCAGUCUGAGCCCACCACCUCACGUUCUCGAAGGGGAGCUAAACCUGACACCUCCGGAACAGAAGUGAAUACUCGUAAAAGAAAAACUGUUGCCCCUGACGAUAGGCCCGCUAAACUCAGCAAGAAGACAGAGAGUGAAGAAGGUAGGGGAAGAAGGAGAAAGAUUGAAUCGCCUAAGAAAAAAAUGCUGAAAUCUGUAACUAAAGCAAGUAAGACCUCGAAACAAGUUGCCGUUGAUGUCGUGAAGAAGAGUACGAGGUCUAGGAAAGUUGAAGUCUCCGUGGAGGUCUCUGCACAAAAGUCCAGCAGAGGUAAAAAGAAGGCCGUCGCUGAAGGUGUUCCUGAAGUUGUGAAACGGAAGAGGAAAACUGCCAUCGAGUCAGCGCCAGUUGAAGAAGUAAGGAAGAAAUCGCGGCCCGGUAGGAAGGCGGUCCCCCCACCACCACCACAGGCGGCCGAGGCGCGGCUCAGGCGCAGGAGGUAG